GUCAAGUGGGGUCCACAGUUGGCCAUAACUAACAACACGUCAGCCAAAAAAGUGGGAGAAAAGGGAUAGAUUUUAGAUAAUAAAGUGUCCAAACUCCAAACAUUACUGACACAUUACACUUCUCUAGUCUCUACCAUUUCCCUUUGGGAAAAUAUUCUCGAUUUUUCUUUUUGUUUUUUUUAAUUUUUAAUUAAUUUUGAUUUUACAAAAAAAAGAAAAUUUUUUUGAUCAAGUUUGCUGAGUUCUGAGUGUCUUUCAUGGAAGAAGUAAUACUAGUCGACUCAAUUGUUUCUUCAAGUUUCUAGAAUCUUCUCUUGUCAAUUUUCAGCCCAAUGAAUGAAAAGGCUCAAAAAUGGAGAGAACAUGUGAAUUCUGUGGAGCACCACAACCAGUUGUAUAUUGCCAGGCUGAUGCAGCUCUACUCUGCCUCUCUUGUGACUCCAAAGUCCAUUCAGCUAAUGCUCUAUUUAGCCGUCAUUCUAGGACUCUUCUCUGCGACUCUUGCAAACAAAAUCCAUCCUUUAUUCGAUGUUUGGACCAUUCGAUGCUAUUAUGUCAGCAUUGUGAUUCUCGACUGCACAAUACUUCGACUGCACACAAGAAGCUGAUGAUCGGUAGCUUUACAGGUUGCCCUUCCGCUAAGCAUUUUGCUACAAUAUGGGGCUUUGAUGUGAAUCAUCUCGAUCACUACUCUGCAGUUGAGUCUGCGGUUUCUGCUAUAAGUACGAUUCAAACAUCACAGCAUAAGAAGUGCAGCAGACAACAGGAGCAAAACAAUUGCUUAAUCAUGCAUCAGAUUCUUGACUUAAAAAAUCUUCAGCUUAAUGAAGGAGAUAAUAGCCAGACAAAACCAUUUCGACAUAAAAGAGAGUAUGCUCCAUCAUCGUCCUUGCAGAACACUUCUAUUAUCCUUAACGAAAACCUCGAGCAGCAGUGCAAGGAAAAGGAACUUAAUCGUCUCACUAAUGAACUCGAAAGCUUAGAAAAUACAAAUCAAGUGUUGAAUGGAGAGCAUUUUCCGUCCCCUAUCACUCAGCUUGAUCAUCUGUCGUUUUCUUCCGCGGAAGACCCAUUUUGGCAAUACAAAAGUGCAAUAGAUAAUAAUCAGUUUUGGUCACAAAAUUUGCAAGAUCUUGGAAUGUGUGAAGAGCUCGGAUGCUUGGACGACUUCAAUAUACCUGAUGUUGAUGCAAAAUUCCACAACUUCGAAGAUCUUCUUACGGGCGAUCCUGACCUAACUCGCGCUUUGCUUGAAGACAACGAUCCCAUGUUAUCGGAUUUGGAGAAGGCUUCCAUGAAAAAGUUUGAGAACACCCUUCUAGAAACAAAGGAAAUAUCGGUUGCUUCAUCGAUUUCCACCAAUAAGCAUGUCGAUUUCACGAAGGAAGCGAAUUUAGAUACAAAUGUGACUUAUAGCAUAUCAAGAAGUAUGCAGAGUUCACCACACCUUGCAAAAUUUUCUCGUUCAGCUACAUUUUCUGGUUCACUGCUCAGUGCAGAAAGCAAUGGUAAUGACUUUCUUGACAGUGGAAAUUCAGGGAAUUUAAGGAGACAUGUAUCGUCCGAUAAUGUAGGAAAUUUACAUGGAGUAGAGGCAGAAGGUGGAGAGAUUUCGAUCAGAAUUUCGAAAGAGAAAAAGAAGACUCGAUUGCAUGGGAAAAACACUCAACUCGCACCACGCAAGGCAAAAGUCGACAUGCAUAAGAAAAUGAAAAGUCGAUGUGCCAAGGUGCAAGGCUAUGAAUCCGAUUCUGCAAAUGUGACUAAGAGCUACUGAUGAACUUGUCGACUUCUCUUGUUAUAUUUUCUUUUUGUUAUGUACAUACAUGAUUGUCAUUUCAACCUUUCACUAUCGAGAUAGUGGACAAGAUUGAUCUUUCUUUGUUCAAAAAGCAUAAGCACAACACACUAUCAACUAUGAACUAUCAAGUGUCAUAUCAUUCUUCUAAUAGUAUAAUAUUAACAUUUCAUUUGGUAA